AGAAUGUUUUCCUCCUAUCUAUGGACCAAACUCAACGCAGCGACCAGCGGCUAGCUUCCUAAAUGUAUCCGGAGUUUAUGGGAAACACGCCACGAACUUUAGGAGUUUUAAAAUAACAAUAAUGUCUAUAGCGAGCUGUUUUCGGAGGGUUGAGUUCCGCGACUACAAACUUGGACACUGUCGUUCUUACCAGACACACUCACGGUAACGUAACUAACGACUGCUCAAGUUGAAAAAAGUUAGCACCGUCCUUCAAGACGCGUAUUAUUUUUAGGUUUUUCUACAUUUCAGUCAUGAAAAUAGCACCAUUGUAAGUAAGAAACUAAUUAUGGCAGCUACUCUAUCGACUGGCUUAGCCUAGAACCGGGGUGAAACAGGACUUUCAGGAGCCGGACAGGUAGCCCGGCUACUCCGUUGCGAUGGGCAACCGCGGGAUGGAGGAGCUAAUCCCGCUGGUCAACCGCCUGCAAGACUCCCUGAGCACCGUGGGGCAGAGCUGCAGCCUCCACCUGCCUCAGAUCGCUGUGGUUGGUGGCCAGAGCUCAGGCAAGACCUCCGUCCUGGAGAACUUUGUGGGCAGAGACUUCCUUCCACGUGGCUCAGGAAUUGUCACUCGCAGGCCUUUAAUCCUUCAGCUGCUAAGUGGUAGCACGGAGUAUGGUGAAUUUUUCCACUGUAAAGGAAAGAAGUUCACAGACUUUGAUGAGAUUUGCAAAGAGAUUGAGACAGAGACAUGCAGACUCACAGGAUCCAAUAAAGGCAUCUCUCCUGUUCCCAUCAACCUCCGGAUUUAUUCACCACAAGUGCUGAACUUGACUCUUGUGGACCUGCCUGGCAUCACCAAGGUGCCUAUAGGCGACCAGCCAGCAGACAUAGAGUAUCAGAUACGAGACAUGAUCAUGCAGUACAUCUGUAAGGAAAACUGUCUCAUCCUGGCCGUCACACCAGCCAACACUGACCUGGCCAACUCUGAUGCACUCAAACUGGCCAAAGAUGUUGACCCACAGGGCCUGCGGACAAUUGGUGUAAUCACGAAACUGGACCUGAUGGAUAAAGGAACAGAUGCCCGGGAAAUACUGGAGAACAGGUUGCUUCCCCUACGCAGAGGUUACAUAGGGCUAGUGAACCGCAGUCAGAAGGACAUUGAUGGGAAAAAGGAUAUUAAGGCAGCUCUGCUUGCAGAGCAGAAGUUCUUCAUGUCCCAUCCGGCCUACAAACACAUGGCUGCAAGCAUGGGAACCCCGUAUCUGCAAAGAAUGCUUAACCAGCAACUGACAAACCACAUCCGGGACACUUUGCCAGCCUUCCGGCUUCACCUGCAGAGCCAGCUUCUGGCCAUGAACAAAGAGGCUGAAGAGUACAGACAGUACAGUCCUGAUGACCCUGCACGCAGGACCAAGAUACUGCUACAGUUAGUUCAGCGCUUGGCUGUCGACUUUGAGAAGCUAAUCGAGGGCUCAGGCGACAAAGUAGACACCGUUAGUCUGUCAGGGGGGGCUAGGAUCAAUCGAAUCUUCCAUGAGCGCUUCCCCAAUGAACUAGUCAAGAUUGAGUCUGAUGAGAGGAUGCUGCGGCGAGAGAUCAACUAUGCCAUCAGAAACAUUCAUGGCGUCAGGACAGGUCUGUUCACUCCUGACAUGGCCUUUGAAGCCAUAGUGAAGAAACAGAUAUCAGGGCUAAAGGGACCGUGUAUUAAAUUUAUUGACAUGGUCAGUCAAGAACUAAUCACCACUGUGCACCAGUGUAUCAACAAGCUCAGUUCCUUUCCCAAACUGCAAGAUGAAACUGAGAAAAUUGUAACGAAUGAAAUACAACAGCAAGAGACUAAAUGCCGGGACCAGGUCUUGUUACUCAUUGACAUACAGCUUGCCUACAUAAAUACCAAACAUGAGGAUUUCAUUGGCUUCACGAACGCACAGCAGGCGUACAACCAAAACAAUAAGAAGGCUGUUGCAGGGAUGGCAGGAAACCAGGGUGUGGCCCCUCUUUCAAGUCUAAUAGUCAUACGCAAGGGCUGGCUGACCAUCAGCAACAUCGGCAUCAUGAAGGGUGGAGCCAAGGAAUACUGGUUUAUCCUCACUCCAGAGAACCUGUCCUGGUUCAAGGAUGAUGAGGAGAAGGAGAAGAAGUACAUGCUUCCUCUGGACAACUUAAGGCUCAGAGAUGUGGAGAAGGGCUUCAUGUCCAGCAAAUUUGUCUUUGCUAUCUUCAACACAGAGUUAAGGAACGUGUAUAAGGACUACAGAUGCCUGGAGUUGGCCUGUAACUCUCAGGAGGAGUUGGACAGCUGGAAGGCGUCACUGCUACAGGCUGGAGUCUACCCUGAGAAAGUCACCGUGGAUGGCCAGGGGAAUGGAGCGCCUGAAAAUUUCACAGACCCCCACCUGGAGCGUCAGGUGGAAACCAUUCGGAAACUGGUUGACUCCUACAUGACCAUCAUCUAUAAGACCAUCAAGGACUUAAUGCCAAAGACCAUUAUGCACCUCAUGAUCAACAACGUGAAGGAGUUCAUUAGCUCUGAGCUCCUGGCCCAGCUCUAUGCUCUGGGAGAAUGCUCAGCACUGAUGGAUGAGUCACCAGAGCAGCAGCGGCAUCGGGAGGAAGUGCUCUGCAAACACGCCGCCCUGAAGGAGGCGCUCGCCGUCAUCGGACAGAUCUCGACCUCCACCUGCACGACCCCUGUGCCUCCACCUGUGGACUCCUCCUGGAUACAGCCCUCCAGUUUGCCACUCCCUACAAAGUCAGCGAGCAUCGGCAAGCCAGUGGUUCGUGGCCAUGCCCCAUCUGCUCCUCGGGUGCCCGCUCACACCAGACCCGCUGCCUCCAUGAGCGCCGAUGGCCUUCGGCAGCUCGCUGGCCAACCCAACCGCGCUCCACCUAGUGUGCCAAGGAGGCAGCCCCCAGCCAUCCCAAAUGUAAAAUAACAGAUUACUGUCUAUUCAGAACUCCAUUACCCAUCAACCCCAGUGAUCCUUCCAGCUGCAGCUGACUGCUACCCAGAGACACCCAGUGACCUGUGUGAUGUGUAAUCCAUCUGAAGCAGUAUGCUGGGCUUCUCUCCGUCUCCUCUGGGAGCUGCUGUCUGCAAAAUUCACCGAGUCUUGAGCCUGUUUUGUACAUAAUAUCAUUGGCCAUAAAGGCUGGAAUGUGCUCGACCGUCUUCUGACUUCUCUCAAGUGCCUGAACUUUGUGUAAAUAAAAAAAACAAUUUUGAGUUAUUCUGCUAAGAGAGAGUACAUAUGCACU